AUGAGCGCUCACAUCCCAGACACAUGUGUUGCUCAGUACAGCUGUGGCACUGAUGUUGCACUGUGGAUUCGUGGUGGACACCCAACAGUUCAGGAUGGAGUCGUCAGUCGAGAUGUCUGUGGUUACUGGAACAAUUACUGCUGCUAUUUGGGGUCUUACCCCAUUAAAGUCAAAGCCUGUCCAGGCAACUAUUAUGUCUAUGAGCUGGUUCGUCCAACUGGAUGCAAUUAUGCAUACUGUGCAGGUAAUUAUUUUUACAUCAGCUCUUUCUACACAUUCAUGAUAUUUGUGUCUCUGUUUAUUAAUCACUAUUCAUCCAAACUUUCAGAUGUUAGCAGCGUUAACACCAGCUUUACAGCCGUCACACCAGUGACCCUCUCUACAGCUACUCUGUCUGACCCCUGCUACAACUACAAUGUGCUGGACAAUCCAUGGAGAGCCACCAAUAAUACACAUGAUUCAGUCAGAAGGUGUGACCAGUCAGUCUCCUGGAGCGGCUGGUAUCGUCUCUUCAUCAACGGUCUGAGCGCUCACAUCCCAGACACAUGUGUUGCGUGGGGUAGCUGUGGCACUGAUAUUGCACUGUGGAUUCGUGGUGGACACCCAACAGUUCAGGAUGGAGUCGUCACUCGAGAUGUCUGUGGUUACUAUAACAAUUACUGCUGCAUUUACGGGUCUUACCCCAUUAAAGUCAAAGCCUGUCCUGGCAACUAUUAUGUCUAUGAGCUGGUUCGUCCAACUGGAUGCAAUUAUGCAUACUGUGCUGAUGUUAGCAGCGUUAACACCAGCUUUACAGCCGUCACACCAGUGACCCUCUCUACAGCCGUUACUAACAUCACUGCCACCUUUACAACAGUCAGACCAGAGACGAGCUCAGCUGGUAUAAAUAUAACACUGCAGGAAGGAUGCACUGGUCAGACGUGUUUGCAAAAUCUCCUCGGUCAACUAGGGAACAUUUCAUCUCAAGUGCUCUCUGUGACUACUGUGACAAACAUUUUGACUGUGGCCCUCAACGCUUCAGGGAAGAUUUUGGAGUCAUCAUCUUCAGCAAGCCGAGCUGAACUAGCCUCCUAUGGAAACCUUGUGUUAAAAACCAGUGAGAAACUCAUCUCUACAUUAGUAAAGCCGACAGACACAAGUGCCAGUGCCAGUUUUACUCUUCCCGCUGUAGAGGGCCAAGUCUUCAUGGUUGGACCACAGGUCACCUUAGAUAAAAUCCCUCGACUGGACACGACAAAUUCUUCUGUGGACAUCGAUCUCAUUGGGAUUGCCAAGAACAACACUGAAGGAUCAGCUGCUGUGGCUUUCAUGAGCUACGUCACGAUGGAGAAUCUACUGAAGCCAGACUUCUUCAACACAUCAAAUGACACGAUUAAAACCAUGAUGUCCACUGUGAUCUCAGCUACUCUUCCCAAAACCACCAACACUAAACUCACCAAACCAGUCAACUUCAUCCUCAAACACAUCAGAGAGUUUGAUCCCAACGGUUCUCUGUCCUGUGUUUACUGGAAUAUCAGCGAGUGGAUUGUAGAUGGAUGUUCUGUUUUAGAGACCAACAGCAGCUACACUGUGUGUUCCUGUGAUCAUCUGUCCACAUUCGCUCUCAUCAUGCAAACCAGCCGCCCACCAGAGAGUCACCCACUGCUGGAGCUGUUGAAUUUGGUGUGUGUGAUCGUGGGGCUGGUGUUCUUCAGUUUGGCCCUGUUGACCUUUGCCCUUUGUCAGUGGAACCCUGGAGUGAAUAAUGUGGCUCGAAUCAACAUCUGCAUCAGUCUUCUGCUGGCUCACCUUCUGUUCCUGCUCACACAGCAGUUCCUGAAUCUCAUACGGCCUCAGCAGGUGUUGUGUACCGUGAUCUCAGGCCUUCUGCACUUCCUCUUUCUCUCCGGCUUUGUGUGGAUGUUCAUUGAAGCUGUGCUGCUCUUCAUCUGUGUGAAGAACCUAUCACAGAUCAGCUCCAAGAAGAGGGAGGUGCUUAGCAGUGGAUUCCUGUGUGUGAUUGGAUAUGUGGUUCCUCUGGCUGUGGUGUGUGUGUCUGUCGGUCUGGUUCCUGAAGGCUACGGCAGCGAACAUUGCUGGAUUAAACUUGAUAAAGGUUUUAUCUGGAGUUUUCUGGGUCCUGUUUGUGUCAUAUUAGCUUUAAACAUGAUUCUCUUCAUCAAGAUCAUCAUCACUCUAAACUCAACUCUCAAAAAACUAAAUGCUGAAGUUUCACAGAUGAAACAAACUAAGGUUUUGGUGUUUAAAACUCUGGGUCAGUGUGUGGUUCUUGGCUGCCCCUGGAUUCUGGGUUUCUUCAUUAAUGGCAGUGAGGUGCUGGAGAUCAUCUUCCUGAUCUUGAACUCCCAGCAGGGAACCUUCAUCUUCCUGAUCUACUGUGUCCUCAAUAAUGAGGUCAGGCAGCAGUACUGGAAGUUCUUCAGAUGUCUUUGCUGUGUCAAACAACACUGAGGACCACAACAUCAUUUUCAGGAAGUUAAAAUGCUGCUGAAGUGCCAUUAUUAUUGAACUUUAGUUUCAGAUCCUUUCUGUAAAUGAUAAAUAAUGUUAUCAGUCUUUUGAUGUAACAGCUGUACAAACUAUUGAUGUACAACUUCUAAACGUUUUCAUUUAUUCUUUGUUAUACAUGUAAGUUUUUGUUGGUUAUGGGUGAAAAGGAUUUUUUCAGACUUUACAGACUCAACAUGUUCAGUUAAAUGCUAGCAAGAAAUAAAUAAAUAAAUAAAUAAAUAAUAAUAAUAAAAACUCCUGAAAACUAUUUCAUAUGCCCAAAGAGAAAUAAGAUGACAUACAGUUAUUUCAGUACAGUUACAAACAGUUAAUUAAUAAAUGUAUUAAUCUUGCACACUUUUAUUUUAUCUUUUUUGAUUGUUUGUUGAGCUCAGAAAGUUCCAAGAAAGGAAAUGACUGUUUCUUCUGUAAGGACCUAUUUUAUGUUUUACUUUUAAUAUUCAAAUGUCAAAAUAUAUUAUCAUCUCAGAGUAU